UGUAGAGAUGAAAACACUCAGUCAUUGUAACAAAAUAUCCAUAACUGUCUUAAAGAAUUAGAUAAUAUUACCGACGGUCAAAGUAUAAGUUAAUUGUAAAUGCAGGCCUAGUGUGAAGGUAAAAAGGGAACUUUUAAACUCAUAUUUUAGCACCUACCGCGUAUACUUAAAGUUCGGCUCCAUGGAUAAGUCGAAGAACUUUCGAAUAGACGCUCUGUUGUCGGAGAGCUCUCAUCGGAUAGUUCGCGAGGAUUCCCCGGGACUGUGCAAUGAAGACAUUGACAUCGAGCCCGCAACAUGCAAACGGACACAAAACUCUCCUACCCGCGCUUUCCAGCUUCAGACAGGGGUCAUCCCCAAACCAGGCAUGCUAAACGUUUCUCACCCAGGAUUUACAUCACUUUCUCAAGGGUCUAUGCAAGGAAUGUAUCCCUCACCUAUGUACUCCAUCACUGCUUUUGGAGCGCAACAUCCCACCUUCGCGUAUUCUGGUUUUGCGCAUCCGUACCCGGAGCACCUGAAAGCAGCAGCCGCGGCCGGCUCAUUCCCGUUAGAACACUGGCUCCGGGCAGGACUCAUAAUGCCUCGCCUUGCAGACUACAGCGGGGCACCUCAGUCUGGUUUGAUUGGAAAGUGCCGGAGACCACGCACAGCUUUCACCAGCCAGCAACUGCUAGAGCUGGAAAACCAGUUCAAACUCAACAAGUACCUAUCACGACCCAAACGCUUUGAGGUGGCCACGUCUCUCAUGUUGACUGAAACACAGGUGAAAAUUUGGUUCCAGAACCGACGGAUGAAGUGGAAGCGCAGCCGUAAAGCUAAAGAGCAGGCUGCGCAGCAGGAAACAGAUGGCUGUAAGUCAGGAAAACGAGGAAACAAGCCUAAAGACCUCAGUCGCUGCAGUGCACACGAUGACGAUGAGGAUCUGGAUGCAGAGGAGGAAGAUGAAGAAGAAGAAGAAGAGUUCAGAAAAUCCAUUAACGUCGGUGUGAGUCUACCUCACCCUUCGGACUUCCUGCAGCACAGCUCUGCGCUGAGCUACAGCUCUCAUGGCUCUUACUCUGAUGACGACCUGGAUGAGAUCGGAGGAGACCGAAAAAUCCGGCUGGGGUUAUGAGGGAUUAAUGGCAGCUGUAUAAUCUGCAUGUCCAUUCAUGAAUUGGACUGCUAACUACAUGAAGGUUUAAAAUACAACACCUCAAGACUGAAAGUUGUUGAUGUCAAAAUUAAAUUCAAUGACGUUUAUAGUCGAAAAGUCUUAAAUAAUUCAUGAAAAUGGUCUUCCAGUUUAUUUGCACUUAAUAUUUUUUUCUUGAAGGCUGCUUGUAAACUGCAACUCUACACUAUUUCAAACUAACUUGAUCAAACUCUUUACUAUGUAUGUUAAUAUGGACAUUUUGGUUGAAAAAAACAACAACAACAACAA